UGGGCCCCUAUACCGCCUCCUCAUGCUGCUGCCAGGCCCCUAAUCUGCCAUGGGCCCCCGUACCGCCUGGUCACGCUGCUGCUCGGUCCACAGUGUGACCUGGGUCCCUGUACCGCCUCCCAUUGCUCCCACUCUGCCAUGUGCCACUUUCAGGUCUCCUCACACUCCUGCGGUUUUCCAUUUUGUCAUAGGUUGCUGGCAGAUUACAGGCCUCCCAUAGGUGCCGCCAGGCCCCAAAUCUGCCAUGGGCCCCCGUACCGCCUGGUCACGCUGCUGCUGGGUCCACAGUGUGACCUGGGUCCCUGUACCGCCUCCCAUUGCUCCCACUCUGCCAUGUGCCACUUUCAGGUCUCCUCACACUCCUGCGGUUUUCCCAUUUUGUCAUAGGUCGCUGGCAGAUUACAGGCCUCCCAUAGGUGCCGCCAGG